UAAUUCAAAUGGCUGGGAUUGUAGUGAUUUUUGACUUUGACUCCACAAUCAUCGAGUGUGAUAGUGAUAAUUGGGUGCUUGAUGAGACGGAUUUAACUCAAAAGUUCUAUAAGCUUCUUCCUAGCAUGGCUUGGAACCCUCUAAUGGAUAGGAUGAUGAAUGAACUUCAUUCACAAGGAAAAACCAUUGAAGAAAUUGUAGAAAUUCUGAACAGGACUCCAAUGCAUCCCCGCAUUGUCCAUGCUAUUGAGGAAGCUUAUUCCCUCGGAUGUGACCUGAAGAUUGUGAGUGAUGCAAAUAUCUUCUUUAUUGAGACAAUUCUGAAGCAUCAUGGAGUGUGGAAUUGUUUCUCAGAGGUCAUUACCAACCCCAGCCAUGUCAAUGAAGGGAGGCUCAGUAUUUUUCCCUACCAUGAUUAUCUAAAAUCUUCCCAUGGAUGCAAUCUUUGUCCACCAAACAUGUGCAAGGGUUUGGUGAUAGAAAGGAUUCAGAGUUCCCUAGCAGCAGCAGGAAAGAAGAAACUAAUCUACCUUGGAGAUGGAAAAGGAGAUUUUUGCCCUAGUUUGAAGCUCAAAGAUAGGGACUAUUUGAUGCCUAGAAUUGAAUUUCCGUUGCGUGAUUUAGUAUCCAAAAAUUCUAACAAGAUAAAGGCAGAGGUACAUGGUUGGAAUGAUGGACAAGAGCUUGAGCAAGUCUUGCUCCAUAUCAUCAACAAAGCUAAUGGUGAUCAAGGAAUCAACAUUAACAAUUCUACUCCUACAAUUUCAGCUGAUUGCAAAUUGGGUUCAGCUCAUCAACCUUUGCUUAAAUCCCUCCCAGUUCCUCAAUAAAUAGUAGCUAAAUUAAAAUUAAAUUGCAAAAAAUGAAUAAAUAAUCGAUCAUAAAAAAAGAUCUUUUAAAAAGUAAGCUAUCAUUUUGAAACAUGCCAUGAAUGGCAUGUUCAUAUUUAUUAUUAAAGCUGUCAUAGUGUCUUGUCUACUUCUUAAAUUUUAUUUUAAAAUAUUAAUUGCUGUCUCAUUCUCGAUCAGACAGUGUACGAGGCAGUGCUUUGGUCAUUGAAGAUAAUAAAAUAUAUCAUGACAUUUAGUUGAAUAAAAGUAUAAGAAUUAAAGU